UAAAAAAAAUAUGCCAAUCGAAUCGAAAUUCGAAUGAAUGUUUUGAUUUUUUAAGUUUUUUAGUUCUUAAAGUUUUUUAAUCAAUCGAAUUUAUAAAUAAACUACUACUAGUACUACUACGUAUAUUGUAAAUUGAUAAUUUGACAAUAAACGAAAGCAUGAAGAAUAAAUCAAUAAUAUUUUUACUUGUAGCGGUAAAUACUCUAAAAACAGUGUACUCUAUUAGCUGUCACCAGUGUUCGGGUACAGAUUCAAAUGAGCCAUUCGAAUGCAAUGAAUUUUUAGAUUCAAAUACGCAAUUAUUACCAAGAGAUUGUGAAGGAAUUCAUGAUGCUCAGUUUUGUAUUAAACACGUUGGCAGAUUCGAAGGAUUGGCUAUAGACUGUUACCAAUGUAAUUCAUCAUCAACAAUGGAGUGUGGUGAUGGGCUUAUGAAUCUAGACGGUGGUAUUCUAACGCCUACACCUUGCAGCCAUGUGUACAAUGCACAGUAUUGCAUUAAACAAACAGGUGGCAUUGGAACAAAAAGAUUCUGUUCAUCUUUGGACUUGGGGAACUAUUGCAACUAUGUUCAACAGCCAGGUGACGUACUCGAGUACAGAACAUGCAUCUACACCUGCAGCACUGAUGGAUGUAAUGGCGCUUCAACAUUGAAAAUAUCUGCUGUGUAUUUCAUUUUGAUUUUAUUUGUGUCCAAAUGGAUAUUAUCAUAGAUUUUUUACACUUUUAUUUAAUUCGAACAUACUGAUUUGCUGCUUGCUGCAAUAAUGAACUUUCUAUGCUAGGAGAAUUAUGUAACAUUAUAAAAAUAAUUUCAAUUAGGUAUUCCAUCCUCCUAUUAAGUAAAAAUUUUUUUUGGCAGAUUAAUGAAUUUUUUUACACUGUUUUUUUUUUCAUUAACUUAGUUUUAAUAUAAUACACUUAAGUUUUGCAUUGCAAUAUAUUGCAAUGCAAAACUUAGUAUUCUACUGAAAACUUACAUUGUUCUUAAGCUAAAGGUUAUUAAUUUUUAUUGUAUUUCUAUGAAAUGCCGUCCAUUAUAAAUGAGAUACCGUCCUCUGAGAUACAGAUCUUUUUAUUUUUUAAUUAUCUUUUAGUUAUUAUAAUUUUAUAGAUAUGUUAGUUUAUGUAUAAGUGCCGUCCAUUAGUAAUAAGUAGGUAGGUACUAUUUUUUACAAAUGACCAACUGUUAAUUUUUAGAUUAAGUGAACUGAAACUGAUUACAAUACAUUUUAUAUCAAUUUAA